UGCAUCGGAACCAAUGGCCGUAUGUCUGUGCCCUCCAAUCGGGAACACCAUUUCCAGAACCUGAGGGAUAGGUAUACGAACUGUACAUAUGUUGACGGGAACCUGGAGUUGACAUGGCUUCAGGACAAGAACCUGGACCUCAACUUUUUGCAAUACAUUCGCGAAGUGACGGGUUAUGUACUCAUAUCUCAUGUGGACGUCAAACGGAUAGUACUUCCGAGCCUUCAGAUCAUAAGAGGUCGCACUUUAUUCAAACUCAAUGUUCGCGACGAAGAGUUUGCACUAAUGGUAACGCUAAGCAAAAUGGAAAACCUGGAAACGCCUGCACUCAGAGACAUAUUGUCGGGAAGCGUUGGCUUUUUCAAUAACUACAAUCUGUGUCACAUCCGGACAGUCAAUUGGGAUGAGAUCCUAACGGGUUCUAAGGCUAAGACUAUUUAUGUAUACAAUUUCACUCAACCAGAACGCGAAUGUCCGCCAUGUCAUGAGUCGUGCGACGAGGGCUGUUGGGGCGAAGGAUCGCACAAUUGCCAGAAGUUCUCCAAGAUCAAUUGCUCGCCCCAAUGUCAUCAGGGGCGAUGUUUCGGACCCAACCCUAGGGAGUGUUGUCAUCUGUUUUGCGCGGGUGGUUGUACUGGUCCUAAACAGAGCGAUUGUCUCGCCUGCCGUAACUUCUAUGACGACGGCGUCUGCAAACAAGAGUGUCCACCAAUGAUGAGAUACAAUCCGUCCACAUAUUCCUGGGAAAGCAAUCCCGAAGGGAAGUACGCCUACGGAGCGACGUGUGUGAAGAACUGCCCUGAUCAUCUACUCAAAGACAACGGCGCGUGUGUGCGCUCGUGUCCGCCAAACAAGAAGGCAUUCAACGGUGAAUGUGUUCCCUGUGACGGCCCGUGUCCUAAGAACUGUCAGGGCGUGGAUGUGGUCCACGCGGGAAAUAUUGACUCAUUUAAAGGCUGUACUAUAAUUGAGGGCUCCAUCACUAUUCUCGACACAUCGUUCAACGGUUUCCAAGAAGUUUACGCAAACUUCACGUUUGGUCCGCAUUACCCGCGUAUGCAUCCAAACAAACUCGAUGUGUUUAAUACACUCCGAGAAGUGACCGGAUUUGUGAGCAUUCAAGCCUCUCAUCAAGACUUCAAAAACCUGUCCUACUUUAAAAACCUGGAUAUAAUCGGUGGCCGACAACUGACCGAAUACUUCGCCGCUCUCUAUAUUGUUAAGACAUCUCUACAGUCAUUGAGUCUGCGGUCCCUAAAGAAAGUGCGAUCGGGAAGUGUAGCCAUUCUGGAGAACAAAGACCUGUGUUUUGCGAGUAGUAUUGAUUGGAAGAAAGUGAUGCGAUCGAGCGCUCAUAAUAUGCUCCUUCAGAGCAAUGGCGAAGAAGACAAGUGCCGGAAGAAAGGACUGGUUUGCCACUCGCAAUGUGGUAGUGAUGGCUGUUGGGGUCCCGGACCAGAUGAAUGCCUGUCAUGCCGUUCAUACAGAUUGGGAGAAACAUGCACUCAAAGUUGUAAUACGAGUUUGGGCAUUUAUGACGCGGGGAAUCAAAUCUGCAAACACUGUCACGAAGAGUGUUUAGGCGAAUGCUUCGGUCCCGGGGCUGGCAAUUGCUCCCAAUGCAGACAUGUUAGGGAUGGACCCUAUUGUGUAAAUGACUGCCCUGUCUCUAAGUUUGGUCAGAACGGCGAGUGUAAGCCGUGUCACGAGAACUGUGUCCAGGGCUGUACCGGUUCUCACAAUAAGUUAGGCGAAGGCGGCUGCAAGUCGUGCGAGAAGGCGAUCGUCAGUAUGUAUGACCCGAAUGUUGUCGAACAGUGUCUCAAAGCGGACGAGUCGUGUCCGGACGGCUUCUAUCACGAAUAUAUCGGCCCACAAGAAGAGGGAGCUCUCAAGUCAUUGACAGGAAAGUCUGUGUGCCGUAAAUGUCACCAACGAUGCAAAAACUGCACCGCUUUCGGCAUUCAUGUGUCGGUUUGCGAGUGUUUGCGGUACAGCUCUGGCGAACAGUGCGAAGACCAGUGCCCUCGCGAUCAUUACGCCGACGAAGCGAACCACAAGUGUGUCAAAUGCGCGGACGAGUGUCGCAAAUGUUACGGUCCGACGACCAGUAAUUGUAUCGCUUGUCGUAAUUAUCGGGUUUAUAACGGAGACGACAAACGGGUAUUCAAUUGCACGGCUUCGUGUCCCACAGAAAGACCAUACAAAGUGUUUGAAGACAACAACGAAGACCCCUAUUGUUCUGACAAAGACCCAAAUAUUGCCGCUUAUGGUGUCAACACUGAAGAGGAUCCGUGGACUGUAAUCAUUGGUGGGAGUGCCGGAUGUGUUGUCCUGUUUGGCGUAUUUCUAGCCAUAUUCAGCUACCAAUGGCUCCAAAGGGCGCGAACUAAAGAAAACACAAUGAAGUUAACAAUGAGAAUGAGUGGAUUCGAUGACAACGAACCUCUUAAGCCAUCGAAUGUGAAACCAAAUUUAGCUCAAUUACGGAUCGUAAAGGAGGCAGAGCUCCGAAAGGCUCCGUAA